AUGUGGCCUGUGCAGAGAAUGUUGAGCGGCGAAAUGACUCUCAUCGGUACGGGCAGAGUGCGUACCGUGCACAUGGUUGAAUACGAGGGAGAGGCUGUGGUCGUCAAGACCCUCCAGCAUGUGGAGGAGCUACGAAGGCUGAAAGCGCACCUCGAAAUGCAUAGGGUAGAGUCUUUGACGCUCGAAGCGUUGCGGGGGCACCCUAAUGUUGUGGGCAUGGUCGGCUUCUGCAAUACGACGGUGGUGACAGAGUACCACCCGUACAAUUUUCUGCACGCCAUUUUCAGGAAGACAGAGGAACUUUCUCUACGCCGCGUGGUUUCCUUGGCACUCGACGUCGCCCAAGGGAUGCAGGCAAGAUAUGGAGAGAAGGGAUACAGGAAAAGUUUUGGGCACGCAUUGCAUGAGAUCGCCGGCGCCAUCCAUUUGGACAUGAAACCGCAACAGCUGCUCAUUGACAACGCUGGACGCGGGAAAGUUAACGACUUCAACAGUGUCCAGCUCAUGAGCGCAGACCAUUCCGGAGAUGGAAAACAUUGUCCGAUACUCACAGGCAGGCCCGCUCGGCUAGUUCCGUGGAAGGCACCGGAAAAUAUAGCGGGAAAGGUGUUCAAUAGCGGCAAUCCGCUUGGGAGCACGGUCUCGACUUUCGCUCGACCCGUGACAGAAAAGGUUGACAUCUACGCCAUGGGAAUGAUCUACUAUUCACUAAUAUCUGGUGGAUUGCCCUUCCCCGAUGUGGAAACUUUCGACGAAGCGCGUGCGGCUCAUGACAGGCCAGAAAUAGAUCCGUCGUGGCACAAGGGCUUCGUCGAGAUUAUUCAAGACAUGUGGCACGAAGACCCCGAGGAAAGGCCGUUUGCUAGACAAGUCGUCCAGCGAUUGCAGGCUCUGCAGGAUGAGCUACAUGUAUAA